AUGAUAUCAAGAUAUACAAGACUCACAACAAAAUGUAUGAGGAUUCUACCUAGAGUCUCUAAUACUCGAAUAAUAAACCCGUGCAGUAUAAGAUUCAAUUCUUCAUCAAGUACAAGAACGUUAAAACCAUCUUCAUUUACAUCAUUUCCACAAUCAGAUCUUUCCCAACAAUCACAACCACAACCAAAGUCACAAUCCUCACCACCACCACAACAACAACAACAACAGACAGAUAUUGACGACUUCAAACAAACAAAAUUAAUACAUGGCAAAACAAAUAAAGUAAUAGCAAUUACAGAUAGAGCAAGUUCAAAAUUAAAUUCAAUAAAAAUUGAAAAUCCAAAAGAUACAGCAUUACAAAUUCAAGUAGAAAGUGGAGGAUGUCAUGGAUUUCAAUAUAAUUUAAAUUUAAUAAAUUUAGAUACUUUUUUAAAACAGAAUGAAGGUAGUGAUGACAUAUUUAUAUUUGAAAGAAAUGGUGGUAAAAUAAUAUUAGAUGAUUCAAGUUUAAAUAUUUUACAAGAUUCAAAAUUAGAUUAUACAAAAGAAUUAAUUGGUUCACAAUUUAAAAUUAUUGAUAGUCCUUAUACUUCUACUGCUUGUGGUUGUGGAGCAUCAUUUGAUUUUGAUUUUGAAAAAUUAGAAGAAAAGGAAAGACAACAGAAUACUAAGAGUUGA